UUAUAAUUUGAGGGUGAUUGGUUUAACAAAAUUGAGGAACAACUCAUAUGUAAGGUGUAUCCUGCAUUACAAACUGAGACCAAAAACAACAGAGUUCACAAACGGCUAUAUCAGGCACAUACCGGAGGGCCACCAUGCAAGGUACACGGCAAUGUUUAUCAUAUGUAAUAUGACUGGGAAAGUGGCUCCGGAUACAGUCUCCUUCUACGACAGGAAUUCUGCACGACAUCUUCCUCACGCUAUAAAAGUCGUGAAAAUCACUCAACAUACCCAUCAGCAUAAAUUUAUCGCAUGUGUGUCACCUUUGCACUCUAUGUUUAGUGAUUCAACACAACUUAUAGAAUGGAUUGAGCUUAAUCGUCUUCUUGGGAUAGAAAAAUUCAUAUUCUAUAUUCACCAUAUUUCGCAAAAAGUAUUACAAGUUUUAGAGUAUUACGAACGCAAUGGUCUGUUAAGUUUGUUGCCAUGGAACAUUCCAAAAUAUAUGGCCUAUCACGGAAGUGAAGUUCAUUACUACGGACAACUUGCAGCCCUAAAUGACUGCUUGUAUAGGUACAAGGGCAGAAGUGUUUUUAUAUCCUCAACGGACUUAGAUGAAUUUAUUAUUCCUCAAAAACUAAACCAUCGCACUUUGUCGGACAUGAUAUCUGAACUUCCGGCAAACAGCGCCUAUAUAGUUCGAAGUUCUUUCUUUAGGAAAAAUCAAGCAUGUACCAAACACGGAAGCUGUAAAAAUGGAAUAACAAUAGACACGUUCAAUUUACGCGAUAAUAUUAUUCUACCAACACACAAAAGGUCAAAAUAUAUCGCAAAAACAAGUGAACUUACUGUGAUGGGAAUUCAUUUCACCUGGGAACUACACACCGGAAGUGAAUACACUGUAAAACCGGAAAUGGCGUUAGUGCAUCAUUAUAGGAAAAUAAAUACACGUUAUACGACAAAAGAACCAAUGAAAAUAAUACACACAGUUGCUAGUAAAUACAGUGCCAAUCUUAAGAGAAACAUAAAAAAUGUGACAGUUGAAAUAUUUUAUAACAGUACCGGUCAUGGAUAAUUACACCACGUUUUAGUCUCACUAGUAGAGCUGUGAACUGGGCGACCUUGGUUCGAUUCACGGACGGUGGAGGACAAUUGUUUUUGUGAUUGCUCAUGAAAUCCUUUCUACAGUUAUUCGCGCUGUACCUCUGCUCUGGUAUAUACAGAAGUUUCAGUUUCUUGCAACAGUGAAUGCAACUAGUACUGGUAAACUGCUUGACAGCCUGUCCGGGAACGGUGCGGUGGCUAAACUGUGCCCUUGCACUGCCGUGAUCCGGAGUGAAAACUACCAACACCACCACUGUCACAUCGGCUAUGUUUUUCCUAAAAAGUAAAGAAUAACCAUAUACAAGUGUAUAUUUUAUUUUAGUGAUUUG